UAGCCUUUGUUUCUUACUAUUCAUCGACGAUCAACUGUCGGAUAAUCGCGCGGAGCUAUUAAUAAUUUAUUAACUCUAUAUUUUGAGCAUAAACACCAAUGCAAGAUGGCGGCUGGUGUUUUGGCGACGUCAGUGAAUUAUUCUUCUUCACAGUCAUCGGCUGCUCCUUUAAGCCGAUCCCAAAUUGGAGGCUAUGAUGCAGAUUUUGUAAGUCCCAUAUCUGCCGAUUACUUAUGUCCUAUCUGUCAGCUUGCUUUUCGUGAUCCCGUUCAAACUAGAGACUGUGGCCAUCGAUUCUGCGAGUCUUGUUUAGAGCCAAUCUUACGAAAACCUCCAGCGUUUUGCCCGAUCGAUCGAAGAACAUUAACCAGGGAGAAGGUUUACCCUGAUAGAGCUUGUAAAAGAACAGUGUUGUCAUUAACGGUGAAAUGUUACAACAGUGGCAACGAAUGUGACUGGACAGGAGAACUUAUAAACCUUGCUAAUCACUUGGAAAACUGCAAACGAGUUCCAAUUAAGUGCAUCAACAACUGUGGAAGAACAGAUAUACCAAGAGACCAGAUGUCAGCCCAUGUGGAUGUGGAUGGGGACUGUCCAUUGGCUGUUGUGCUCUGUCAGUAUACUGACAUUGGAUGCAAAUUCAAGGGUCGACGUAAUGAGAUGGAAAAACAUGUACAAGAGAAUAUGCAAGUUCACUUGGAUCUGGCACAUCUAAGAAUAAGAGAACUUGAACAAAGACAGGAGUAUGUGUGCACAAAAGGAAAGUUCCUGUGGAAAAUUUCCAGCUACUCACAAUUAUUUCAGCAAUCAGCCACUAAGAAAGAAAAGGAGAAACUCUGUAGUCCACCAUUUUACACUGGACAGUAUGGUUACAAGCUGCGUGCAGAAGCUUUUUUGAAUGGCUUGGGACAAGGAAAAGGAACUCAUCUUUCUCUUUAUGUUGUUAUUAUGAAAGGAGAAUAUGAUGCAAUACUUCCAUGGCCUUUUCAGCAACGAGUGGAUUUUGUUCUCAUUGACCAAGAUGACGAUGUUGGUGCAAGGCAAAAUAAAGUGUGGAGGCUCACAUGUGAUAGAGACAGCGAUUACUUUAAGAGACCAAACAAAGUGAAGAGUCUUGGCUUUGGUUGCCCCAAGUUUGUUUCCUUGGAGACCCUCAGAACUAGAAAUUACAUCCGAGAUAACACCAUCUUUAUUAGAAUUGAUGUGGAGCCACUGGAUGCAUCUUGAAAGUAUUUUUAUUGUUAAUUUAUAUAUAUCUUAUUAACGAAGUGCAAGGGCCGUACUGGGAGAAUAUCGG